GCUCAGCUCAGUCACCCUUUACUCCCAUGAACAGAGUGACUCCAGUUUGGACAAGUCCAAGCUAUCAUGUUUGUUUCCGUGCUGCUGGUGUUGCUCUGUGUUCUGUUUAUUUUUCUUCAGCUCAGAUCUGGAAGGCCCAAGAACUUCCCACCCGGACCGCCCAUCCUUCCUGUAGUGGGGAACCUUUUGGAACUGAAUCUAGAAAACCCCUUGAAGGACUUUGAGAGGCUGAGGACAACUUAUGGAGACGUGUACAGUCUGUUCAUCGGCCGCAAAGCGGCUGUAGUCAUCAACGGGCUGGAGACAGUGAAGGAAGCCAUCAUGACCAAAGCUGCAGAUUUUGCUGGAAGACCUCAAGACCUGCUUGUUAACGAUGUCACCCAGAGGAAAGGAGUCAUUCUGGCCGAUUACGGCUCCAGCUGGAGGGAGCAUCGACGCUUCGCUCUGAUGACUUUGAGGAACUUUGGUCUGGGAAAGAAAUCCAUGGAGAACAGGAUAUUGGACGAGAUUCAGUACACCAUCAAGACACUGGAGAAGAGCAUCGGCAGCACCCUGUGUCCUCGAGUUAUGUUCCACAACGCAGCCUCCAACAUCAUCUGCCAGGUUCUGUUUGGAGCGCGUUACGAAUACGACGAUCAGCGGAUCAAAGUUAUUGUUCAGUGUUUCACCGAGAACGCCAAGAUAGCCAAUGGACCGUGGGCCAUGGUGUAUGACUCUAUUCCUGGUGUUCGUCAUCUGCCUCUACCAUUUGGGAAAGCCUUUGAGAAUUAUAAGACUUGUCAGGAUUUUGCUUUUCGCUUGGUGAACGAGCACAAGAAGACCAGAGUUCCCAACGAGCCAAGGGACUUCCUCGACUGCUACCUGGAUGAGCUGGAGAAGAGAGGAGAUGAUGGCUCUUCGUUCUCAGAGGAACAGCUCACAAACUACAUUCUAGAUCUUCACUUUGCUGGGACUGACACCACCUCCAACACCCUGCUCACUGCUUUUCUCUAUCUGAUGAACUACCCUCAUGUACAAGAGCGAUGUCAGCAGGAGAUCGACCAGGAGCUGCAAGGGAAGGACCAGGCCACCUACGAUGACAGACAGAACAUGCCGUAUGUGCAGGCUGUGAUCCAUGAGGUCCAGAGAGUCGCCAACACCGUUCCUCUCAGCGUCUUCCACUGCACAACUAAAGACACAGAACUGAUGGGAUAUUCCAUUCCCAAAGGAACGAUGAUCAUCCAGAACAUGGCCUCGGUGCUGAGGGAGGAGGGUCAGUGGAAAUUCCCUCAUGAGUUCAAUCCUGAGAACUUCCUGAACGAGGAGGGAGAAUUCGUCAAACCAGAGGCCUUCAUGCCUUUCUCUGCAGGUCCUCGGGUGUGUCUUGGAGAGAGUCUGGCUCGUAUGGAGCUCUUCCUCAUAUUAGUGACUCUGCUGAGGAAGUAUAAGUUCAUCUGGCCAGAGGAUGCAGGAGAACCAGACUACACUCCUGUUUAUGGUGUCACCUUAACUCCUAAAGCUUAUCGCAUGAAGGUUCAACCAAGGACCUCAAACUGAGCUCAUGAGCAGAACCAAAGUCAAAAUAUAAACCUGAAGACUAAAUUACUUGUUAAUGGAGCUUUUCUCAGCUUUUAAUCUGGCUUGGUACAAUCCAUUUUAGAAAACUCCAAACAAAUGUGGGAAUGUUGGAAUAAGAAUUAAUUAUUAUUUCAUUCCGAUGUUGUUGAUCUAAAAUUAAUUUAACUUUUGUUAUAUUUUACAUAGUUUCAUAACUGGUCCAAAUGAAUGAAAAGUACUUAAAAAGGGAGAUUUUUUUUCUUGGAGUGAAAGUUAAAUAAACAUCAAAACAAACAAA